CUCGGCCGUUUUGGGUUCCUGGUUGGCCCGGCGGGAUGGUGGUUUAAGAUUUUGCCUUAACUACCUGCCAGGGCUAAUCUCCAGGGAGCGCCAGUCAUCCCCAGAGCUGCGGGAGUGCUCUGAUCCUAAGGUUCUUCCUGAUUCCUGGUAUGUAAGACAAGUGAAUCCUAUCCUGAGCCAUUGCACUCUAAGAUGUCCACCAAGUUGAGAGAACACGCAGCCUUGACUCCUGUGGUGCACACUCGAGAGGAGCAGGAGGGACUGAGAAUCGUGAAGGUAGAGGAAGAGGAGAACCAUGCUCGGGAGCAGAAGCCUCGCCAACUAGGGAAUGUGCACCCUUAUCAGGAACUUUUCCGCCAGUGCUUCAGGCAGUUCCGUUACCAGGCGGCCCCUGGACCUCGAGAGGCUCUGAGCCGGCUCCGGGAGCUCUGCCAAAAGUGGCUGCGGCCUGAGAUGCACAGCAAGGAGCAGAUCCUGGAGAUGCUGGUGCUGGAGCAGUUCCUGACCAUCCUGCCCGAGGAGCUGCAGGCCAGGGUAUGGGAGUAUCAUCCAAGGAGUGGAGAGGAAGUGGUGACUGUGCUGGAAAAUCUGGAGACAGAACUUGGAGACAAAGGACAACAGGUCCAAGCCAGUGCACAUUACAAACAAGAAGUGCUGUGGAAGGAAGUAGGACCUGUAAGCCUCGCAAAUCAGUCACUUAACAUCCAGCUGAAGUGUGAUCCUUGGGAGCAUUUUCCUCUGCAAGAGAAUGCAGGAGCUGAGACCAGGAAAAUGACUGGUGAAUUUGCUCCAAAGCAGAUUUCUGCAGAAAGGAAUUCAUUGGUUGCUUUCCAGGAUCCAAAGUGUGGAGAAACUUUUCAAUAUAGGGGUAAAUCAGAACAGCAAAAGGUCAACCCCAUGAGAGUAAAACGACACAAAUGUAAGGAGUGUGGAAAGGCCUUUGCUCAGAGUUCAGGGCUUGUUCGACAUUGGAGAAUUCACACUGGAGAGAAACCUUAUAAAUGCAAUCAAUGUGGAAAAGCCGUCAGUUAUAAAUCAGCCCUACUUUCACACCAGGAAAUUCAUAAUAAAAUAAAACGUUAUCAGUGUAAUGAAUGUGGGAAAGCCUUCAGUCAAAACACAGGCCUGGUUCUUCAUCAGAGGAUCCAUACUGGGAAAAGACCUUAUGGAUGUAAAGAGUGCGGUAAAUCCUUUAGUCAAAGUUCACACCUUAUUGGACAUCUGAGGAUCCAUACUGGAGAGAAACCCUUCAAAUGUAAUGAGUGUGAGAGGGCCUUCACUCAGAGGUCAGGACUCAUGGAACAUCAGAGAAGUCACACUGGAGAGAAACCAUAUAUGUGUAAGGAAUGUGGGAAAGCUUUCCGAGGGAGCACCAGCCUUACUCAGCACCUGAGGAUCCACACUGGGGAGAAGCCCUAUCAGUGUGAGGAAUGUGGACGAGCCUUCAUUCAGAGGUCAAGCCUUGUUCGUCAUCAGAGGAUCCACAGAGGGCAGAACAAGGGAAAACCUUAUCAGUGUAAAGAGUGUGGCAAAGGCUUCAGUCAGAAAUCAGGCCUCUCCCAACAUCUCAAAACCCACACUGGAGAAAAACCCCAUCAAUGUAAUAAAUGUGGCAGAUAUUUUAGUCAGAGAUCGGUUCUUACAAAGCAUCAAAGUCUCCACACUGGAAAGAAACCUUUUGAAUGUAUAUACUGUGGGAAAACCUUCCGCCAUAGUGCAGACCUCACUGAACAUAAGCAAUUCCACAACAAAGAGAAGCCUUAUGAAUGUAAUGAAUGUGGGAAAACCUUCAGGCAGCGUUCAAAUCUUACUGAGCAUCAGCGAAUUCACAGUAAAGAAAAACUCUAUGAAUGUAAAGUAUGUGGAAAAGCCUUCACUCAGUAUGCAGGACUUAACCAACACCGGAGAAUCCACACUGGAGAGAAACCUUUUGAAUGUCCUGUAUGUGGACGAGCCUUUAGCCGGAGCUCAGAACUUAUAAUACAUCACAGAAUUCACUCAGGGGAAAAACCCUAUGAAUGUGCUGAGUGUGGAAAAACCUUUAGAGUGAACUCAACCCUGGUCAUACAUCAGAGAAGUCACACUGGGGAGAAGCCCUAUAAAUGUGAUGAGUGUGGUGAAGCCUUCAGUCAACACUCAGGCCUCAACAAACACAAGUUAGGAGGGAAGCACAGAAACCCUCCUAAACCAAGAAAAUAUAUGUGUGAUGUAUGUGGGAAGACCUUUACGCAGUUAACUGGCCUGAGAAACCACAAAAGAAUCCACACUGGGGAUAAGACCUACCAAUGUCCUGAGUGUGGCAAGGCCUUCACAAGGGGAGAGCAUCUUAUUGAACAUCAGAGGAUUCACAACAAGGAGAAGCCUUAUCAAUGUAAAGAGUGUGGCAAAGCCUUCAGUCAGAAGGCAGGUCUUAGUCAUCAUCUCAAAAUCCACACAGUAGAGAAACCUUUCAAAUGUUCUGAAUGUGGGCGAGCCUUCAGCUGUAAGUCAAAUCUCAAUAAACAUAAGAGAGUCCACUCUGAGGAAAAGUCCUAUACGUGUAAAUAGUGUGGGAAGGCAUACAAGCAGAGAGCAUUGCUGAUCCAACAUCAGAGAGGCCACAUCCUACUAAGCCCCAGCAGUGGUGAAUGAGGUGAAGCCUGCAGUAGAAGCUCAGUUCUGAUUAAGCACCAGAGAAUCCACUAAAAUGACUUCUUGCUAAGGUGUUUGGUGACAACUUCAAGUAGAAUUCAGAAUUUUUUUUAAUUGAGAUAAAAUGUUUCUUGAACUUCCUUAUUUAAAGAACGUCAGGGCUUCCCUGGUGGCGCAGUGGUUGAGAGUCCGCC